CAAUUACCACCUGUAGUAAUAAAUCGACAAUGGCGAUGCCUAAUCCCGGGGUUAAAAAAGGCUGCUAAACCAAAAAAAAAAAGUUGCAAAUUGCAUGAUGGAUGAUGAUUGACAAGGACGAUGAUGAGUUUGUUUGAGUACAUAAAAUACAAAGAUCAUACAGCCACCCCACUCUCUCUCACCCUUUCUCUCUCCUCAUUUCCUUCCUUUUUCUCUUCCUUUUCUCUUCUCUCUUUCUUUGUCUCCUUUCCUCUCUUUCCUUCCCCCUUCUCUUCUCUUCACACAUAUAAUCCACGCCUAUCACCCACCUCCCAACUUUCCCCCAAUCCCCAGUUUUCCCUUUUUCUAUCUUCCAUAAUAUCCACUCUAAACUCUCAUACAUCCCCUUUUUUUUGCUUCUUAAUUUAUUUAUACAAACAAACACUCUUUUUUCUCUCUCCUCUUUCUCUCUUUUCUGGGUAUUAAGAUGCCUGCUUGGUGGGGUAGAAAGUCUAACAAGAGCAAAGAAGAAACUCAUCAAAAUAAUAGCAACAGCAACAUCUUGUUUUUUGAGCUUAAUUCCAAAAAAUCCCCAAAUAAUUCUGAUAAUUCUAAUUCCAAUUCCAAUUCCAAUGGUAAUAGCAAGAACAAGAGGUCACCCAGAAGUAUUGAAGAGUUUGGUAGAGGGAUUUUGUCCCCUAAAUUAAGGGGAAAUAAUUGCAGAGAGUUUGGGAGUUCUGGAAAUGGUGCUGCUUCAUCUGGGAUUUCUUGGUUUGAUUCAGAUUGUGAGAGAAAAGUUGUGGGUCAUCCUCUUCCUAGGCCUACAAAUUCUGGGGUUGUUGCUGUUGAUCAUGGUAGUCAUGGUGGUGUUGGGUUAUUAGCUUCGGGUUCCGCCUCGAUUUCGAGUGUUAGUUCUUCUGAAUCUAAUUCUGAUGAUCAUCCAAUUCUUCUUGAUGGUUUCAGUGGAAGGGCAAAGAGUCCUGGUCCUGCUUCAAGAGGAGCUACUACUGCUACAUCACCUAUUCAUCCGCGGUUGGCCAGUGUGAAAUCAGAAUCUCCUACAGGAAGACAAGAAGAAGGGAGUCGAGGCCAUCCCUUGCCCUUGCCACCUAGCUCUCCUACUAGUCCAUCUUCCUUGCCCAAUGGAAGAGCUGGUUUAUUUACAGAAAGCAGUCAAGGCACAUAUAAUUCUCUAUCAAAGUGGAAGAAAGGAAAGCUUCUUGGGAGGGGAACCUUCGGGCAUGUUUACCUUGGAUUUAACAGUGAGGGUGGACACAUGUGUGCAAUAAAGGAAGUGAGAAUUGUUUCAGAUGAUCAGAACUCAAAAGAAUCUCUGAAGCAGCUUAAGCAGGAAAUUGACUUGCUCAGCCAGUUGUCACAUCCAAACAUUGUUAGAUACUACGGAAGUGAUCUGGCUGGAGACACACUAUCAGUUUAUUUGGAAUAUGUCUCUGGUGGAUCUAUUCAUAAAUUACUUCAAGAGUAUGGCCCAUUCAAGGAACCUGUUAUUCAGAACUAUACCAGACAAAUUCUCUCUGGGCUUGCGUACUUGCAUAGUAGAACCACAGUGCAUAGGGAUAUCAAAGGGGCAAACAUAUUGGUUGAUCCUACUGGCGAAAUCAAACUUGCAGAUUUUGGCAUGGCAAAACAUAUAACUUCCUGUAAUUCAGUGCUUUCUUUUAAAGGCAGUCCUUACUGGAUGGCCCCUGAGGUAGUGAUGAAUAAGAGUGGGUAUAACCUUGCCGUUGAUAUAUGGAGUUUGGGAUGUACAAUUCUUGAAAUGGCAAUGGCAAAGCCACCUUGGAGCCAGUAUGAAGGGGUAGCAGCAAUAUUCAAGAUUGGAAACAGCAAAGAUAUACCAGAAAUUCCUGAUUUCCUAUCUAGUGAAGCUAAAAAUUUCUUGCAUCUUUGCCUUAAACGUGAUCCCGCUGAUCGCCCCCUAGCUUCAAGUUUGCUAGAUCAUCCUUUUGUUAGAGAACAAUCUGUUGGGAAGAACCUCAAUUUUAAUGCACCAAAUGAAGCAACAACAUUCUCAUUUGAUGGAAGGCGCAAGCCACAACCCUUGGAAAUACACCCACGCAGAAAGAGUAUUAGUUCCUAUGACCCCGAUAAUAUGAGAAAACCAGGGCUUACGAUUUGGGAGGCCAGGGAUAAUCCAAGAUCAAUCACAUCGCUGCCUGUUUCACCCUCAUCAAGUCCUUUACAUAGACUGGCGCCUACCUCCAAGAGUUGUUUACUUUCACCGCCUCACCCAUCUUAUGCUUGGCCUGGGCAAAGCAGCUACAAUUUAAACGACCACUCAGUAUCUCCAACAAGAAGACGUGCAGGCUAUACACUUGAUCCAUGGAUCGAGAGUACAUUGUUUAAGACCCAAACACCUGGUGGGUCCCCUAAUAUGUGGCUUAUUUGAUUAUCAAGGCUUAAGAGUAUAUAAUUUUCCUCCAAAAAUUCACCCAUGUUGUAUGUACAUAUAUGAUGGAGUUGCUCACAAAAAAGUCACUGAAGUUUGCUGCAUUUUCUUCACCAAAUUACCUCACCGAGUCAGCGUUGAAAGUUGAAGACUAUCACAAACAUUUUGUUAUUAACUUGUAAAGUUGGGCAACGAGAUCCUGUUUGAUGACUUAAAGCAGCGAAAAUGGCAGUGUAAUCUAUAGCUGCUGGACCAUGCAUUAAAUUGAGCCCGGAUAGGCGGGAUUUUCAUCAUGCUGUAAAAAUCUUCAGUGUUGUAUAUAGAAAUUGUGCUCUUUGCAAAAGAUGCUUUUAUUUUACUAGUUGAGAAAGCCAGAACUAGGACAACGGCUAAAGUAAGGAAUCACCAUCCGAUAGUUUGGAUGGGAGGGAUUUAUGGCUGUGACAAGUAUAGAAUGUUUAGAGGUCAUUAAAUUUAAUAAUUUCUUGUUAUCUCAUUCUAUGUAACUUUUUCUUAAAGUAAAAAAGUUAUACCAAAUAUGA